AGUCCAUGACAUACAACUUCACGGUGAGUGCUGGCAUGACAAUGCCAAACGUUCUUCAGGACGUGUGUGUCUGAUGGAAGCAGAUCAAUCAACCCGGCACGUACUGGUACCACUCGCACACGCACGCCCAGUACCCAGACGGCCUUCGCGGCCCGCUCAUCAUCCACGACAAGGACUUUCCGUACAAGAAGGACGUCGACCAUGAGGUGGUCCUGACCCUGUCGGACUGGUAUCAUGACCAGAUGGCAGACCUCAUCCCCAUCUUCAUGAGCAAGAACAACCCCACGGGCGCGGAGCCCGUCCCCAACUCCGCCCUCAUGAACGAGACGCAGAACCUCAAGUUUGCCGUCGAGCCGGGCAAGACGUACCUCUUCCGCGUCAUCAACAUCGGCGCCUUUGCUGGCCAGUACCUGUGGUUCGAGGGCCACAAGAUGACCAUUGUCGAGGUCGACGGCGUGUACACGCAAAAGGCCGAGGCCGACAGCGUGUACAUCUCGGCCGCCCAGCGCGUCAGCUUCCUCCUCACCACCAAGAACGACACGGGCGCCAACUUUCCCAUUGUUGCCAGCAUGGACACGACGCUAUUCGACCAGCUCCCUCCCGAGCUCAACUACAACAGCACCGGCUGGCUCGUCUACGACGACGCCAAGCCCAAGCCCGACGCGGCGCUCGUCGACGAGUUCGACCCCUUUGACGACAUGACGCUGGUGCCGUACGACGAGAUGCCGCUCCUCCCGGAGCCGGACCAGGUGGUGCAGCUCGACGUCAUCAUGGACAACCUCGGCGACGGCGCCAACUACGCCUUCUUCAACAACAUCAGCUACAAGCCGCCCAAGGUGCCGUCGCUCUACAGCGUGCUCUCCGCCGGCGACAUGGCCACCAACGCCGCCAUCUACGGCGAGUUCACCCACCCCUUUGUUCUCAAGAAGGGCGAGAUCGUACAGAUUGUCGUCAACAACCUGGACACGGGCCGCCACCCCUUCCACCUCCACGGCCACGCCUUCCAGGCCAUCCACCGCUCCGAGGAGGACGCCGGCACCUACGACGACCAGGGCGGCGACCAGAACCAGACGUUUGCCAAGGCCCCCAUGCGCCGCGACACCCUUGUCAUCUACCCGACGGGCAACAUUGUACUGCGCUUCAAGGCGGACAAUCCCGGCGUCUGGCUGUUCCACUGCCACAUCGAGUGGCACGUCGUCUCAGGCCUCAUGGCGACCUUUGUCGAGGCCCCCACCGAGCUGCAGAAGCAAAUCACGAUCCCCCAGGACCAUCUGGACGUCUGCAAGGCCGCCGGCCAGCCCACCGCCGGCAACGCCGCCGGAAACACCGUCGACCUCCUUGAUCUCCGCGGCCAGAACGCGCCCCCCGAUCCAUUGCCUGCUGGCUUCACCACCCGUGGCAUCGUCGCCCUCGUCUUCAGCUGCGUCGCCGGCAUCCUCGGCGUCUGCGUCGUCGCCUGGUACGGCUUCGCCCAGCCCGCCGACGAGGUGCCCCCCGAGGUCGCCCGCCUCAUGGACGACUCGCCGUCGGACCCUAACGGCCCCACCACCACCGCCGCCACCGAUGGCGUUCACGCUCGCGCGGCGGGCGAAGACGAUGCCCUCGUCACCGUGGCGUCCGGCAGCGCCCAGCACCACCGCGCGACGGCGACGUCUUGACAGACGUAGGGGGGAAACGGAAUUGCGCUUGUGCAUCCCCUGGGGUGCUCGUCGCCUGGCUGGGCGUUCAUUCAAGGAGAGUGCAAAGUGUCAUCGUCACGUCGUUGUCGUUCUUGUUCUUUUUCGCGGCAUACAGCAGCAGCAGCAGAGAGAGGAAGAGAUGAAGACGGGGGGGAACAAGUGUAGCGGGAAGAAGAAAAAAACACGCAUGAGCCAGGGCUCAAAGCAUUGUAGAGGCCGCACGCCCAGCAUGUCAGUAAUAAGUUAAUCCGUUGUUGCUAAGUAGUAGUAGUAUAUCAAUGAUACCCCCCUCUCGGGAG